AUGAGACGUGAACGCAUCGGCUACAGCAGCAACCACGACGACUUAUUCAUGUUAGAAGAAGGCAUGAGCUCAUCUGAAGAAGACUCGGGGGGGUUUGAGAUGAUGGAUUCGAGUCGCAACUGCCACAGCAUUCAGGAGGAGAUUUCAUCGAAAGAGACACUGGCAGUGUUGCGCCUGCGUCAGACAGUGGCUCUCAUCCUGAUGUUGGCAACGGUCACUGUUUCGUUGUUGAUCUACCUGAUUAGGAAAAACGGGGAGGCCCAGGAAUUCCAGAAUCAGUACGAUGCUGCCGCGGACAAGAUCAUUGAAUCGUACGAAGACAUCAUUCACAAGAUGGGAGCCAUCAGUGGCCUGGGCGUCGCUCUCGCGAGCCACAGCAUGGGUCAGAAGACCUUCUCCGAAUGGCCCUUCGUGAGCUUGCCCAACUUCCAAGUUCGGGCAGGAAACGCAAGAGAACUGUCAGGGGCCUUGGCCGUUAGUAUCUCGCACAUUGUUCCAAGGGGGGAAUUCAAUGCAUGGCACGAGUUUGUGAACGGGCCAGACAAUGCCUGGAUUGAAGAAAGCUAUAGUUACCAGGAAUCUUUGGGUACGAAUGACUUUGAAUACCCCGAGAACAUAGAGAAGAGCUGGAUCAGAAGAAACGAUACUGUUGAUGUAAUGCACUACUUCGACGAGAAUGGAAAUCCAAUGGCGGAAGAGAGUUCUAUGCAUUUCUAUUUACCAGUCUGGCAAGUUAGCCCUCUAUUGAAGACGAAUCUUGUGAACAAGAAUUCGAUCUACGAGGAAGACUUCUCCGAUGCCUUGGCACACAUCUUGAAGUACAAGACAGCCUACGUGGGCAGGUUCCAGACUGCGACUCCUGGCGACGCCACGUCUUCUGACCCAAGUACUGCUCGAUUUGCUGCCCUUCUGAGUAUCCGGGAAGGGAAACAAGUCCCCUACCUAGGCGAACCAAUGUUUAACAUCCACUUCCCGAUAUUUGACCAGUUCGCCGCAAAGGAAAGAAAGAUAGUCGCUAUCAUGACUUCGACUGUUUCAUGGCGCUCCUACUUCCAAAACAUCUUGCCUAGAAACGCCAAGGGCGUUGUGGUUGUUCUAGACAGUGGUCGCGAACAAUUCUCGUUCGAGAUCGAUGGCCACGAAGCCCGAGUCCUUGGCCUCGGUACUCACUAUGAACCACGAUAUGAGAAAUACAGGAAGCAUGCCGAUUUCACUGUUGGCCAUGUGAAAGAUGGGACGGUCAAUGGCAUCACGAUCAACUCAGAACACUGUCACUGCAACUAUCAUAUCGACAUCUACCCGUCGACAACAUUCUACGACGAGUACAACACCAAUGCACCGGUCGUACUGACCUUUGCAACCGUUGCGAUAUUUGUUUUCAUGAUAGCAAUCUUCCUUCUGUACGAUUUCUUGGUCGAGAAAAGGCAAACAGUCGUCUUAAACGAGGCCACGCAAUCGACUGCGAUUGUCUCUUCGCUCUUUCCCAAGAACGUAAGGGAGAGGCUCAUGAAAGAAACGCGUCAAAACUUGGGAAUUCGAAGCAAGUCUGGUCGUCGCAACUUCAUGAAUGUUUCACGGACUGAGAUGGAAUGUGCCCCGAUUGCCGAACUCUUUCCCAACUGCAGCGUCUUCUUUGCCGACAUCGCGGGUUUUACCGCUUGGUCAUCCACGCGGGAGCCUUCCCAGGUAUUCAUGUUGCUCCAAGGGCUUUAUCAGGAAUUCGAUAAGCUCGCAAAGCACUGGAAAGUCUUCAAAGUUGAGACAAUAGGGGAUACGUAUAUGGCCGCAACCGGGCUCCCUCAACCACAAAAGAAUCACGCGACAAUCUUAGUGGGUUAUGCUCGCCAAUGCAUGCUGAAAAUGCGCGAGACAACCGAUAAGCUAGAAACGACGCUUGGCCCAGGCACUGCAGCUCUUUCGAUGCGUAUGGGGGUUCAUUCGGGACCAGUGACUGCUGGCGUGCUACGAGGGGACAGGGCACGCUUCCAACUCUUUGGUGAUACGGUCAACACCGCCUCUGUGAUGGAAAGCACUGGUUGCUGUGGAAUGAUCCAGGUGUCAGAAGCCACUGCAACUCUUCUCAGGCUGGCUGGCAAGGACUACUGGCUGCAACCCCGCCAGGACAUGGUGAAUGCAAAGGGAAAAGGUGUGCUGCGCACGUUCUAUGUUUCUCCUCCACUGGUCAGCGGAUUCACAAACAGUUGGUCAGGCAAACUCGGGAGUUCUACUAGUAUUGCUGACGAUCAUUCGUCGUUAGGAAAUAUGGACUGGAAAGAAGCAGAACUGGGACAUUCUCAGACGGCUGAAAAUGCUAGAUUUGUGGAUUGGAUGACUGAACUGCUUCUUGCGGACGUUCGAAAGAUGGUUGCCCAUCGUAGACAGCUUGGGGUCAAGGAAGACCGAACAUCGGACUUCGUGUAUCGCUUGCCCGAUGGGAAGACGUGCAUGGACGAAGUGAAAGACGUGAUUCAAAUGUCAACGUUCAACGAAGCUGCACACUGCGCCUCGGACUCGUCGCCAGUUGUCAUUGAACCAUACAUCGUGGAAUCACUCCGAGGAUUUGUAUCAGACGUCGCAUUGCUGUACAGAAGAAACCACUUCCAUGGCUUUGAACAUGCGUGUCAUGUCACCCAAUCAGUUUCGAAGCUGUUGCAUCGAAUAGUGAAACCAAGUAUUCACCCUCUUUGUGACGGAAGUCACCGUGAUUUUGCCUUGCACAUGCAUGAUCACACUUACGGAAUCUGCAAUGAUCCUUUGGUGGCGUUCGCCCUCUCGUUCUCAAGCCUGAUUCAUGACUUAGAUCACAAAGGCAUCUCUAAUGCUCAACUGGCAAAGGAAGCCCCUGUCUUGGCAACGAUUUACAAAAACAAGAGUAUUGCGGAGCAGCACUCCUGCGAGCUCGCUUUUGAGUUGCUAAUGCAGGAUCGCUACAAGGAUCUUCGUAGAGUCAUUUUUGGAACCACGGAACAAUUUCAUCGAUUCUACCAGAUCGUUGUCAACAUAGUGCUUGCCACCGACAUUUUCGAUGCAGAAUUGAAGGCAAAAAGAGAAGAGAGAUGGGCCAAAGCGUUCUCUGAGACAGAUUGCAGCAUUGCUGUGGGCAACGUUCAAGGAGCAGUCAAUGAUGUCCGCGCGACAGUUGUUCUGGAGCACAUCAUUCAAGCCUCCGAUGUGUCACACUGCAUGCAGCAUUGGCAUGUCUAUCAGAAAUGGAAUAGACGGCUGCUGAUGGAAAUGCAUAAAGCGUACAAGGCUGGCCGAAUGGGGAUAGAUCCGUUCACCUUUUGGUACAAGGGCGAGAUCGGUUUCUUUGACAAUUACAUUAUUCCCCUGGCUAAGAAACUGAAAGAGUGUGGUGUCUUUGGGGUUAGCAGUGACGAAUACUUGGACUAUGCCCUGAAGAACCGUGCCGAGUUUGCAGAGCGAGGACAAGAGAUAGUGGAGUCAAUCAAGAGAGAACUUGAGGCUGAGUCAAUCAAGAGAGAACUUGAGGCUCUGGAAACUGCAACUGUGGCCACAAUGGACGAGGCCCACAUGAACACCAGAAGAACAAUUCCAGAACAAGCCUUGGGAAGCAGUUGGGCCCAUCCGACUCCUCCAUACCUUCCAACACCUUGCCUAGCUCGGGUUGCCUCUGAACCUGUCAGAAGAACAAUUCCAGAACAAGCCUUGGGAAGCAGUUGGGCCCAUCCAACUCCUCCAUACCUUCCAACACCUUGCCUAGCUCAGGCUGCCUCUGAACAAGCCUUAGAAAGCAGUUGGGCCCAUCCGACUCCUCCAUACCUUCCAACACCUUGCCUAGCUCGGGUUGCCUCUGAACACGCCAGAAGAACAAUUCCAGAACAAGCCGUGCGAAGCGGUUGCGCCUAUCCAACUCCUCCACACCUUCCAACACCUUGCCUAGCUCGGGUUGAAACUUUUUGA